GAAGGAAUCUCAAGAUUUGAUCAAAAGAAAGCUUUUAGGGCAGAAAGGUUGGUAGACCCUCGUUUUUUUUUUGAAAUGUUGGAAGACUUCAGAGCAUUACGGAGUAAGGUGGAUAAUGCGAUUGAUCAAAAUCUUUCCUUGAAGGAUUGUUCUGAAAUUAGCGAUGAAGUUGAACUUGGUUUAGCAUCUAGUCCGAAUUCAGAUGAGCUGAAGGCUUUAAACUACCGCUGGCAAACUUAUUUAAGCAAAAGGUACGCCAAAGAUCAUGCACUUGGUAGCUUUUUUAAUGACAUUACUCAGCAGCUUCUGAAGAGGAAAUCAGAGCAACCACUUGAGGAAAUAUUAGAAUUCUUGAACAAGGAUGAAUCUCACUAAUGAUAGGAGUCCAAUUUCCCCGAUAAACACAUUCAUGCGCAAGACGCUCUUGCAAGGCUUAUCCUUUUUUUUGUCGCUGUUAACAUGCUUGACUACUGUAUUUUCUCUGCUUUUGCUUCGUUGAAUU